CUGGGUCGUUCAAAUCCUGUAUAAUCGAAAACGCUAUUAGUUUAACGCGGAAAAGUUUUGUUUAUUGUAAAAUACAACCAAUGAUGACGUCAGAAAAGGACGAUACUUGCGACUUGAGUGACGUUAACUUGCAGGAAAAUUCCGACGCCGAAACUCAGUGCAAACAUAAAUUGAGCAAGAAACCAAAGAGAGUGCUGCAGUUUUCGGAUGGCGUAAUGGAGGAAUAUUCAUCAGAAGAUGAAGUGGACACGCCAAAAGAUAAUAAAUCUUUGUCGCAAAUAGAUACGAAAAAUAUGAAUUGGUUACCAUGGGCAUGGCAUCAAACUACAUCGUUCAGUUCAAAAAUGUUAGAUGGUUGCGAUUAUGUUGGAGAAUGUUUAGCCAAUUUCUUUGGCAUAACAGCACCCAAGUAUCAGUUUGAAAUCAAUGAAUAUUAUAGGUUACAAAAGCUUGAAAGAGAAAUGCUUCAUCAACAGGAUUUGGAGAUGGGUGGAUGGAAUGAACAAAACAGAAACAAUCUCAUAAAUACUUUGAUUAACAAAAAGAGAAUAUAAAAUAUGUUGCUCAAUAUAUGCAAGAUUUAUUACCAAGUUUGCAGCUGAAAAUAAUGAAUGCUUGAAUGAUUUUAACUGUUAUUUUUUAUAUAAUAUAAGGGAAAUAUUUGAAAAUAUAA